UGGAGAUAUGUAGUUUAUGACGCAAUUGAUGGAGCCACGUGUUAUUUGAUAGAACACGAGCACGUGGUAGCUGCAAUAUUGUUUGUAUGGGAUAUAUUCGUGUGAUCGAAAAUUAAGCAUGAAUUCAGAUAAAGAAGUAAAAAAAGACCCCACUGUAGUAAAUAACAAGAGAAAUUUACAGGUCUUAAAUAAACUUGAAAAAAAUUUCCGUGGAGGACGUAAUCGAGUUGGUGAUGUAACUACUGCUAGGAAAAGAGUUUUUGUUCCAAACAUUCCUGUACGUCGAGAACAAUCAAAAGAAGUAUCUCAAGAACAGCAAAAAUGUGAUAAGCCAAAAUUUAACAGAAGUGAGAGAGGUAGAGGAUUUGGUAGAGGUGGACGUGAACAUGGAAGAGGUAGAGGUAGAGGUGAUCUUAUACAAACACAAGGAGGUGUUUUUGCUGCAGGUCCUUCUGCACAAUUAGUGAAAAGAGAAUAUACUUCAAGAAAUAUUGAUGAAAAUAGUGUGCAGGUUCCAAAAUAUACUCCCGUCUCAGUACAAACAAAAGAAGAAAAAGAAGAAGAAGAAGAAAAAUUAAAAAAACUUUUAAAAGAUGACUUUAUUGGCGAUGAUUAUGAAUAUGAUGACAUAAAACCAGUGAAAUUACCAUUAUUUACACAAAUGAAGUGUGAAGAAGAAUCCAAACCAGAUCUAACAAAAAUUAAAAUUAAAAAAGAACCUAAAGAUGAAUGUAGUGAUAUGGAAAUAGAUAUUACUGAUACAGUAAUAAAAAAAGAGGAAGUAAAGACAGAAGAAUAUGGAGAUGAGGAGACAACAGUUAAUGAUUUAUUAACUAAUAAUAAUAAUUCAGAAUCUGGAAUGUUCUUUUUCUUUCAAUUUCCCAUGUGUCCAUUGAAAGAUUAUUUGGAUGAUGAUAAAAAGCUAAAUGUUGAAUCAAAAUCAACAACUAACAAUAGUACAAAUAAAAAUGAAGAAAACAGUGAAGAUAUUGAAAUAUUCAAAGACAUUUCUGAUGGUUUGAUUGGAAAACUUCUGAUUUUAAAAUCUGGAAAAGUUAUUUUGCGAGUUGGAUCAAUGUGUUUUAAUGUUGAGAAUGGUACAAAGACUGGAUUUCUACAGGAAAUAGUUUCAUUGAAAGCUGAUGAAGAAUCCCAAGAUUUGCAUGUAUUAGGUUAUUUAAAUAACAGAAUUAUAUGUUUACCAGAUGUAAAUUCUUUAGUAGCAAAUGUUUAUAUUUGACAUUUUUUUUCAUUUAGUAUCAAUAGUAAUUUUUCCCUCUAUCCAACCAUGUUGUUGAUGUAUGUAAAUUGUUGCUGCCUUAAAAUAUAGAAUACUUAAUAUUUAAAGCUUUUUGGAAAUUAAUUUAUAGUUAAUAAUUAAAGGUGAUAGUUAUUAAAAAUUUCUAUAUUACAAAUUUUUUCUUAUUUAAAUAAUGAAAAUAAGAAUUGAAAGUAAUUAAUUUUUCUAAAGCUAAGCCAAUAUAUUAAAAUUUAUAUUAGUAAUAUGAAGUCUGUAAAUAGCAUGCGCAAAGCUUUGUAUAUUUGUAAACUAUAAAAAGGAAGAUGCAUUUUUCUGCUAUUUUUGGGAUCAUUCCAAAUAAAAGUUUAUUGAUUGCUAUGUUAUUUGCUUUAUGUAAUAUAAUUAUUAUUAUUAUUUUUGAUCUUGAAUGAUAAUUGAUAUUAGUAAUUUUUCUAGCAUUAUUAGCCAUACAAAAAUAAUUAAUAUUUAUAAGAAAUAAUAUGGUGUAAGCAAAUAUAGAAUGUAUACAGUUUAAUAAUUGUUCUCAGAAAAUAUUUUUGCUAAAUUAUUGCUUACAUUAUAAGAAAAGUUAUUGAUAGCUCUUUGAUAAUUUUAAUCUCUGAUUUAUAUUUCAGGCAUGAUAUGAGUGAAAGGAGUAGCUUUUAUUAAGAAGCUUUAAUAAACUCAAAAAUUUUUGAGCAUUGAGAAAUUAAUGUGAUAUCUGUAUGUACUUAGAAGAGUGGAAAAAUGUUUCUUGAUGAUUAUAUUAUAUAUAUAUAUAUAUAUAUAUAUAUAUGUUUUAUACAAUAUUUUAGAAAUUUCCAAUCUUCUUUAUAUUCUCAACUAUGCAUCUUGAAAUAUACUAGAAGACACUGCCCAUAAAGUGUGCAUUAAGUAGGAUUAUACAAAAGUUUUCCAAAUUGUGAAUUGCAGUUAGAACUGCAGGAUAAGGAUAUUUUGAUAGAAUAAAAACAAGUACACAAAGGUUAAACAUAUCUUUAUUGUUGUCUUAUUUUUGUAAAUCAUAUUUAUCUGAGAAAAAUUUAUUAGUAAUUAGGAUAUAUUUAAUUUAAUUCAUUGUAUUAUUUAUCUAUGAAUUGAAAAAUAAUCACUUAGAAAAGAAUUUGUAAUGGUUACUGAAUGAUUUUGAUCUAUAUUUUUUUCCAAUAUUGAUUGACUAGUAAAUUCUACUUGAAUGAGAAACUGUCAGUAUUGCUUUCCUGUAUUUGGUAUAUUUCUAUGUCUUAUCAGAAAUAGUUUUUUGUAAUUGUUAUUCAUAGUAAUAAUUUAAAAAAUUACAGACAUUUAAGAUUAUAAUAUACUUUUUAGAAAAUUCUCUAAUUUAUAAAUUUUUAUGUAAAAUGUUUUUUGAAUUGUCUGCAGUUUUCUUCUUUAGCUAUCUUACAUUUUGAACAAUAUAUUUAAAGAUUAAUUUAAAACGGUUUAGUUAUUUUUCAGAUAAAUGUUAUAUAAGGGUAAAAAAUCCACUCUGUAUCAAUGGUAACAAUCAAUUUCUCAAGAUGAAAUUGAGUAUAUCUAGAGCUUUUAUUUAAUUUUAGUUAUUUUCAUCUAAUUAAUCAGAGUUGCAUUUAAACAAAUAUAAUAUCAGUCUUCCUUUUUAACAUCAAUAUAAUUUUAAAAUAUCUACAUCAAAUUCAUUUUAUUGAUUUAAUAUUAGCAUUCAUCUUGGAUUUAUUUUCUUUCUUAGUUUUGUUUAAUAUCUACAUAUAUUCUGUUUUGAACUGUCAAAAUUGCUUAGAAUGACUUAGAAUGCAACAAAUAUACUUGUAUUUAUUCAUUGCUGCAAAUUUUGGUUUUAUGAGUAUCACAAUAAGGUAAAGAAUUAUUAGUAGCAGUAAAUUUUAUAUGUUUAGAUAUCAAACAAACAAAUAUUUAAAUAAUUUAUGCUGAGUAUACGCAUGAAUAUUUUACUGAAAUGAAUCAAUUGUAACAGCAUAAUAUAAUAUCAUACUGAAUAAUUGCAUAUUUAAUUAUUAAACUUGGUUCUUACUGUAUACAAAAAUUCUAUGGCAUUAUUAUAAGCAAUAUUGUAGAAUAAACAAUAAAUUGUGGAAAAUGUACAUUCAAUAUAGUUUUUCUAUUAUUUUAUACUGCUUCCAUUUUCUGUGUCUAUAAUGAUAUAAUAAUAAUUAUAAAAUUCUUUUGCUAUUUGCAAUUUCAGUAUCUGUUGUAAUAAGAACUGUUGUAGAUGCAUUAAUAAGAACUGUAAUUCUCAUAAUUCUCGUAAUUCUUUUUCUGUUAUUCUAUUCUAAUUAACAUAAAUAUUAUGUUAUUUGAAUCAAUUAAAUGCUAGAUUUUUCUGAAUUUUAAACAUUUUAAGAAUUAUAUCAUUAGAUUGUUACUGAUAUGUUUAGAACUUGUUUUCAAAUAACAAUUAUAAGUAUUGCUAGUAUAAUACUGUACUGUAUAUCUGAUCUUAGUCCAAAUGAAUUUUAUUAUAUGGUUAAAUCACCGAUAUAUGCAUCUUCAAAUUAUGUUUAAUAUAAGCAAAAUUUGUACUAUAUUAUAUUGUUACAUUAAAUUGAGUAUUUGUCAAAUAUUUUAAUUUAAUUUAUUUUUGUAUAUUUAUUAAAAUUUUUGUAUGGUAAGGUUCCUAAAAUAAUGAUUGAUAAAUAAACCAAAAGGUUUUCUUUGCAGAAGAUGUAUAUUAUGUUCUAAAUCUGUAUCUAUAAUAUUAAGAUAUAGUCUAUUUGUUAUGUUAUUUCAAAUCUCUUAGGCCAAUAUUUGCAAAGUAGAAUGCAAAUCUCAUCUGGAAAAAAAUCAGUGUUUAGUGAGUGAGAAAACCUCUUAUGUUUGUUUAAUAAUUUACAGAUAUUUUGGAUACUCGUAUUUAAUUAUUAAUUAAUGACAACUAUAGAAAUUAAAAAAUUAAAGCUAAUUAUAGGAAGAUAAAACUGGAAUUGUAGAAUAUAGAUGAAAGAAAUUGAAAUUUUUAAAAAUAUUUUGUAAUAUAAAAUGUGAUUGCUAUCCAUUAUUAUUAUGUAAUGAU